GACAGGCGGAAGCAUCCAACAAGGUCGUGAAAAAUAUUUUGACAAAGAUGAUUGAGGAUAAUCCGUGACGUUGGCAUGAAAUUUUUUCAGAAGCGUUGUGGGCAUACAUGAUGUCCCCGCGGAGCAGUACGAGAGUGAGUCCAUUCUCGCUAACUUAUGGUCAUGAAGCAUUCCUUCUCGUGGAGGUGACCGUCAACUCACUCCGGUAUAUGAAGCAGCACGAGUUAACACCUCGGGAGUAUCAUGAGUCGAUGAUGCUCGAGCUCUGCGAUCUUGAUGAGCUACAACUCCGCGCCCUCGAUAAUGUUCAAGUACAGAAAGCAAGAGUGGCAAGAGCUUAUAACAAGAAGGUUCGGCACAAAUCAUUCGAGGAGGGAGAACGAGUUUGGAAAGCUCACUUGCCGAUUGAAGAAAAAGAUCCCAAGUUUGGAAAUGGUCGCCAAAUUGGCGUGGACCAUUGUGGUGCAUUCUGUGCGUCCUAAUGGAGCAUACUUGCUGAAAGACUUGGAUGGAGUGAUGCAUGAGCGUUUGAUAAAUGGCAAAUACUUAAAGCCAUAUGUGCCGUCCCUAUGGGACGCAGCUGGUCAUUAAUCAAAACAAUGACGAACAACCAUGUGCUAAAAGGGAGUGGCUUGGUCGGCCACCAAGCUUGCACAGUAUGGUUGAAUAGUAUGCGGUUGGCGAAGUAUGCAACAAAUACACCAAUUUGCC